AUGACAGAGAUGAGGAGAUUUUUGGUUGAUAGAGAAAGUACUGAGAAUGUGAAUGUUGAGCAAGCGGAAGCCGAAUUACAAUCAAUACCUAAUAAUGUGAUGGAUGAGUUUAAUCCAAAUGAGAUUGUGCGUUAUCCAGGUCUUAGGAAACAAAUUAAUGAGUAUGCUCCGGAUAUUCAAGACCAAAAACCCGGGAGGGCCGAGCACUUUGGUUUUGAAGUCUUCACUAAAAGUGGAUAUAAAGAUUGGAAGCAUGCAUCUCAAGGCUUGAAAGAUCACGUUGGUAGUCAUAAUAGUUUGCAUAACUCAUGUGUCAAGCACUACGAUGAUUAUAAUAAUCAAAGACAAAGUGUGGCUAGUAAGUUUGCUAGAGCAACCAAGGAAUCAGAAGAAUUAUAUAAGAUUCGUUUGACUUAUUCUGUAGAUUGUUCAAGAUAUCUAAUUGCACAAGGCAUGGCUUUCCGUGGCCAUGAUGAAUCCUCUAUUUCUCUAAAUAAGGGAAAUUUUAGAGAGAUGGUAAAUUGGGUAAAAGCUAAGGAUGAACAAGUGAGUGAUGCUUUUAAUCGUGGUGGAAAAAAUUGCACAAUGAUUUCUAGUGACAUUCAAAAGGAGCUUGCAAUGUGUUGUGCACAUGAAGUUACCAAGGAGAUUAUGGAAGAGCUUGGUGAUAUACAAUUUUACGUGCUUAUUGACGAGCCACGUGAUAUAUCUAUCAAAGAGAAAAUGGAGGUGAUGUUGAGGUUUGUUAACGACAAAGGGCAUAUUGUGGAACGAUUCAUUGCUCUACAUCAUGUCAAAGAUACUACAUCUGAGGCAUUAAAGGAUGCUCUUUAUGGUAUUCUUGAUAAGUACACGUUAUCUAUUUCAAGGAUACGAGGGCAAGGAUAUGACGGAGCUUCAAAUAUGAGAGGUGAAUUUAAUGGUUUGCAAAGAAAGAUUCUAGAUGAAAACCCUUAUGCUUUCUAUGUCCAUUGUUAUGCUCACCGUUUGAAAUUGGUUGUUGUGUCUGUUGCUAGUAGUUGCUCAUCUAUUCAUGAUUUCUUUGAGUACAUAUCCUUAAUUGUGAACACAACAAGUGCAUCUUGUAAGAAGAGAGAUGCUUUGACGGAGGCUCAACACCAAGAUAUUUUAAAUCAACUUGAGAGGGGUGAGAUAUCUAAAGGAAGGGGAUUGCACCAAUCAUCUAGUCUCACUAGACCCGGGAAUACUAGAUGGGGUUCACAUCAUACUACAUUGCUUCGUUUGGAUCAAAUAUGGCCAUCUGUGUUAAAGUUGUUUGGUAUCACAAAUGAGCUUUCAAAUGUCUUGCAAAGAAAAGAUCUUAAUAUUGUGAAUGCCAUGGAAUUAGUUGAUGUUGUCAAAGCUCGGCUGGCCACAAUGAGAGAUAGUGGUUGGGAUAAUUUAUUUGCCGAUGUACAAUAA